CUUAGGCUCGCUUAGUUUUUAUCUCUUAUCCAAAACUGCUACUGAGUUAUGAUUGUUGUAAAAGUAUGAGCAAAGUACAACCUGCUGAGCAGGUUUUGUUUUCAGCACUUCAAUGUUCAAUCUGCAAUCGACGUCUUGUCUUUAGUCUUCCAGAGACAUCGUUGGCAUCGUAUGCCAAGUGGCUUAAUUCGCUGAAGUUAUAUACAUUAAAAAUCGUGUUUCUGUAGUUCGAUACGUGAAAAGUUUUAAGGUAGUCUUUUUUUAACGUACAUACCUAUGCAAAUGUAUGUAGUGGGUUUCGUACUAAAAAAAACGUAAUUUUUAUCUAACUCCGGCUUUAGCGCUUACAUGUCAAAAUUGUAACUUUCUUAAUUUGUACGUGCAUACUUUAACAUCAAUUAAGUAUAUAACAAAUAUAUACUUAGGUAUAUGACUAGGUCUACCUAUAUACAUACAUAAGAAGUGGCAAUGCAAGGCCGAAGGCAUACAUUUUGUACGAAGCUCUAUAGUACUUAUUUACGAAAAUGGUGGAUUACGAUAGCAUUCGCAAUAUCCCUCAUUAUUCUUGGAAUUCUGGUUACUUGUGAAUUUACAGCGCUAAUUAAUGUAAUAAUAAACUAUCAAGUUGCCCUUCGGCCGGGAAGUCAAACAUUUGGAUGGUGGGCUAAGCCACCUGUAGAACCGAAAAUAUCAGUUUACGUUUAUAAUGUCACAAAUGCAAACGAGUUUUUGAAUAAUGCUUCCAAACCAAUUCUUGAUGAAGUGGGCCCUUAUGUUUACACGGAGUCGUGGGAAAAAGUCAAUAUUGUUGAAAAUGAAAACGGCACAUUAAGUUAUAAUUUGAAAAAAGUUUACAUUUUUCGAGAAGAUUUGUCAUUUGGAAUGGAAGAUGAUGUUGUAAUUGUUCCUAAUAUCCCGAUGUUAAGUGCAACGUCUCAAAGCAAACAUGCAGCUAGAUUUUUGCGACUUGCCAUGGCUAGUAUAAUGGAUAUUUUGAAAAUAAAGCCAUUUGUUCAAGUCUCUGUUGGUCAGCUAUUAUGGGGCUAUGAGGAUCCACUUCUUAAAUUAGCUAAAGAUGUUGUACCUAAGGAGCAAAAGCUGCCAUAUGAAGAAUUUGGAUUAAUGUACGGUAAAAAUGGGACGUCUACUGAUCGCGUUACUAUUUUCACAGGAGUAAAUGACAUAAAACAGUACGGAAUAAUCGAUAAAUAUAAUGGAAGAUCCUAUCUACCUCACUGGUUAAAUGAUGAUUGUAAUAGAUUAAAUGGCACAGAUGGUUCAAUAUUCCCGCCACAUAUUGAAAAGAAUCGCAUUCUAUUCGUAUACGAUAAAGAUUUGUGCAGACUUUUACCACUUGUGUAUGAAAAAGAAGUACAAAUCAAGCAAAGCAUCGUUGGUUAUAGGUUCACACCGCCCGAAAAUGUAUUUUCAGACGUUGAAAGGAAUCCCGAAAAUAUGUGUUUUUGUCCAGCAGGACAACCUUCCUGUUCACCAAAUGGGCUAUUCAAUGUUUCCCUUUGUCAAUAUGAUUCCCCAAUUAUGCUGAGUUUUCCGCACUUUUAUUUGGGUGACGAAAAUUUUCUCUCUGCAGUGGAAGGAAUUUCACCACCCGAUAAGGAGAAGCAUAAAUUUUUCAUUGAUGUUCACCCGACGAUGGGAACAACAUUAAGAGCUCGUGCUCGAGUCCAGAUCAAUUUAGCUGUCAGUCAAGUUUUCGAUAUAAAACAAGUGGCUAAUUUUCCUGAUAUUGUCUUUCCCAUUUUGUGGUUUGAGGAAGGUAUAGACGAACUACCGGAAGAAAUAACCGAUUUGAUGAGCUUCGCCGCAACCGUGCCGCCAAAAAUGCGUUUGGGUAUUAUAAUUGGCCUAUUCUCAUUGGGUGCUUUUCUUUUCUCGCUUGCUUUAUUCUGUUUAAUAAGAAGCUCGAAUAGACAAAGCACACUUCACUUGGAAGGUUCUAAUUAUUUGGCAACAGCACAAUUCGAUUUGACAAAGAAGAAAGCUAAAGAGUCGAAAUAAAAAUAUUCUAUACUACGCGUAUUUUAUAUAAUUAUUAGAAACUUAGAUAAGGAAGCGGGAUAUGUACUAUACUUUAAUAAUAGGAGUUAAUGUUGCAUAUUUUUUAUUAUAAUUAACCUGUGUAAAUAUUUAUACAUAUAUGUAUGUGUACCCAUACUACGGGUAUUACAAAUAUAGUUUUGGGUUUUGUUUCCCUAAUAUACAUUUAUUUUUAUACAUAAUAUUAUAUUUAGCUUCGGUAGCAUUUUUUACAAAAGUAUUGACCAGACAACAGUAAGCAAUCUUGAUUUUUUUUUAAUUUUAUUUAAAUCACCUUACGUCUUAUUAUGAUGAUGAUGGCGAUAUUUUUAUAAUUGAAUAAAAACUUAUAAAUAUAUAUAGUACAUUUUUCCACAUAAUAAUAAAAGGAAAAAAAUAGUAUCAACAUUUUUUAAGAUUGAAUUUUAUUAACGGAUUCUCUUCAAAAACACAUAAUAGACCAGAAUUUUUUUAUUUUAAAAUGUUUACAAAUGUCCAUAGCAUAUGGGCAUGCUCAUUUUAUAAUAUUCAAGACUGAAUAGAAAAAGCGUCUCUUUUUGUCGUAACAAUUCUUUUUAAUAAAACUAUGAGCAUAGGGAAAAUACCUAAGUAUUUAAUGUUCAUAUUCUUUAUUUUUUUUUUGUAAUAUAAUAAGUAAUUUAAAAUUAAUUGAUUGAAAUGUAUCAAAUGGGCUUACCUGUACAUAAUGAAAGUCUAAAACUUAUUUUUUUUGUAAAAUUAUUUAUAUGUACAGAUCCAUAAAAUAUACAAGCAGUAUAGCAUAAGCAAUUUCAUUGCUGCUGCAUACUAAUAUAUAACGCUGAAAUACAUUUAUUGCUUUUAUCUAAAAUUCAAUGAUCACCUUUAAAUAUGAUAUGAUAUGUUUGAAACCAAUGAACACUACUUUUUUUGGAAAUAUGUCCUUAGCACUAUCCGAAAUGCACUAUGCAAAGCUGGUAGUAACGAUUUUAAAUUUCUAUUUUAAUUCUUAUGUACAUAUAUCUUUUAUUUGUUAGUUAAAUUAAGUAAGCUUAUUGUAAUAGUAGUCGUUUCUAUUUCUGUUGUAUCGUAAUCGUAUAUUUAUAAAUUUUUUACAUAAAAAUUUACAUAACAGAAUUCCAUACCAAAUUUUAGAAUUAUGUACAAUAGUUUUAAUUACAUUGCAUUGUAAUUGCUACUUUACAAAGUUUAUUAUACCUAUGUACAUGUCUAGAUCUUAAAAACUUUCAUAUGAAUUUAAAAUUUAUUCAAACAUACGUACAUAUACAGGUAUAUAAUAUGUACAUUGAUGUGUAUUAAAAUAUUGUAAUACUCAAUAAAAGGAAGUGGGUGUAAAAAUCUUAAUAUUUGUUAUGCAAUGUUACUCAUGUGUUUAGAACAAGGUAGUCUUAAAUAUGUAUAGCAAAUGUUGUUUUGGGAUUAUGUUUUGUGUUUAACUAGAAUAAAUAUUGUGUAACUUAUUUUA